GCGAUAAAUCAUGGAUUCAGCUGCCUUCCUAGCUCAGAAUAAACUCCCCCCCUUCCUAAUAAACUGCACCUCACCCCUUCUUAUCUGAGAAUGAACUAACCCUCCCUUUUUUAUUCAAAAUAAUCCCUUGCGGUCAAUCACGCCCUUCAUGUCCGUACAUGCGCAACAGAUGCAGUGUUGGCAACCGGGACAACAACAUGACUGCGCUUGGAAGAUGAUAAAAGUAUAAUUCUGUUGUUGCCUACACAAUGGGAGGAUUUGACAGACUACAGAACGUGCUUGUCUGAUUCUAGUUGAUAUUCGGAGUAAAUUAGUCUUGUUAAGUCCACAUCCAACUUCUGCAAGUAUUUUUGUUCAAGGUGUGCCAUAAUAAAUAAGGUACUACUAGUAAAUAACCCCAUCCUCUACAAUGAGGAUAAGAAGAGUUGUGAAGACGGUGUUGAGUGUGGAGCAGGUAGAAGGUGUGGGAGCCCAUGUCCGCAGAAGCAUAGGAAGAAAGGAGGUGACCUACGUUUUGAAAGGCGUUUCAGCUCAUGAGGAUUUCUGUGGUCACUCUGGACUACUGAAACCAGGGGAUUUACAGUGGAUGACUGCAGGCCGAGGGGUGGUCCAUGCAGAGAUGCCCGUGUCUGAGGAGCCCGUCCAGGGCCUGCAGCUGUGGGUCAACCUGAGGAGGGAGGACAAGAUGGUGGAGCCCCAGUACCAGGAGCUGAAGGACAGCCAGGUCCCCAAGCCCAGCAGGGAGGGAGUCACUGUGGCCGUCAUCUCUGGACAGGCCCUGGGGGUACAGUCAAAAAUCUUCACCAGGACUCCAACACUGUAUCUGGACCUCAAGCUGGAUGGAGGAGCCAAGCAGGUACAACCAGUUCCUUCAGUCAGUGUUGGAGCGUUGAAUGGAUGGCUCCCACGUCAUCGUAUUACAGGGCCCUAUGGUGGAUUAGAUAUGAGACCAUCUCAGUGUUAUGGCCCACAGCUCCCAUGGCAAGACGUCGGUAUACCAAGUGGAUGGACCUCGUUUAUCUACACACUGGCAGGAUCGGUCUGUGUUGGUCCAGAUGCAGAGCAACGGAAAGUGGAGCCACAUCACACCAUGGUGUUUGAUGAUGGCGGUUGCAUAGCCGUAGAAAACAAGACAUCAGAGGUUUGCCAUUUUGUCUUGAUUGCGGGACAGCCGAUCAAUGAACCGGUGGUCCAACAUGGUCCGUUUGUGAUGAACACGGAAGAGGAGAUCAACCAGGCAGUCAGAGACUACAGGACAGGGACCAAUGGGUUCGAGAGGGCUACGGCUUGGAGGUCUAAGAUCAGGGAAUCCUUCUAAGAAUCCGCAGACAUCUUCUAAUCAUGUUAUAGGUCUUGUCUUGUUAUGGUCAUGUGACCAAAGUGUAUUUUAAUCAUGAACCAGCUUGAUGUGUGUUUGUCUCUUUUUAAAUCAUUAAGUUCUCAUUUUAUACUGAUUUUUUUUUUCUCAAAUAGAUGUUUUGUUACUGUGCCUCCAAGCCAUUAAACUGAAAUGUAAAUGAUGAAAAAAGCACUUUUAAUUUAACCUCAACAAAACUAUCCUGCCGUGAUGUCUCCAGAAGCUAUCUAAUGGAAGCACUGAUUCGUUCCAGUCAUUAUGUCCUUGGACAGACCUCA